UGGCCAUAGCAAAAAUGGCGCCCGCCUGAAAAAAAGAAGCGAGCGACUGGAAAGCGCGACGACAACGGGUGGCCGUUUCGGUUUGUCGUUGAUGCGGUCACACGAACGACCAUGGAAGUGACUGCAAAAAAUUUCCAGGAGCAAUUCGUCGAGCUCAAGGAUGCCGUCGAAAAUGCAUCGUUCGUCGCCGUUGACUGCGAAUUUACGGGUCUCCAGUUGGAGCGAAGCACUCACGCGUAUGACACUCCUGAGGAACGCUACCGAAAGCUAAGAGAGUCAUCUUUAGAUUUUCUGGUGGUCCAAGUUGGCGUGUGCACGUUCCAGUACGACAAGGAAAAGCGUGGGUACAAUUACAAGGCAUUCAACUUCUAUGUUUGUCCAAAACAAACAGUCAAGGGUGCGCCCGACAGAAUGUUUCGAUGCCAGGCUAGCAGCUUACAGUUCCUGAGUCAACAUGGCUUUGACUUCAACAAGCUCUUCAGUCAGGGUGUCUCGUACCUGAGAGCCGAAGAAGCCGCACAGCUGAGCGAGGCGCUGAAUGAACGGCAAGCCCUGCAGCUCAGGGAGGUCGGCUCCCCCAACAAUGGCCCGGCCAAGAUGUCUAAGGUGGACAUUCCCAAGGACACCCAAGGCUUUGUCGACGAAGUCCUGGACAAGGUGCAGGAGUUCUUGGACAAAGGGUCCAGCGUAGACGUCGACAUGGAUGAGGACGGUGAAGACGUUGGGAACACCUCGAAGGACUCAUCCAAAGACUCCGUCAAGGAUAGCAGGGUCCUGCACCUGCCCGAGUGCACUAGCUUCAGACGCAAGCUCAUCUACCAGGAGGUGUAUGCGCGCUUCGGCGACAAGGUCCAGCUGAACACGGAGACGGACAAAGAUGGGGUCCACAUAGCCGUGCGCAUGGCUGGCUCGCCGGAAGAACAGCGGGCAAAUCUCGAGCUGAAGCAUAAGAAAGAAAGGGAGGACCUCGAACUGGCACGCGGCUUCAGCAGAGUCCUCGAGCUGCUGGCUUCGAGCGGCAAGCUGGUCGUGGGGCAUAACAUGCUGCUCGACAUUAUGCACCUCCUCUCACAGUUCGUGGAUGACCUGCCCAAGGACUACAAUGAGUUCAAGAGCAUGGUGAGGGCCGCCUUCCCAUGCCUGGUUGAUACCAAGGUACUUGCCAGUGACAGCGCCAUCAAGGAUACUUUCGCGUGCACUGCCCUGGAGUUGCUGCUCAAGCAACUUCGCAGCAGGCCAUCGUGUGUGCCACCUGUGGAGUCCAAGCCUGGCUAUGGCUACAACCAGGACAAGGCCAAGUACCAUGAGGCUGGCUACGACGCAUUCGUCACAGGCAUGUGCUUCUUGGGCCUCUGCCAGCAACUCGGUAAAAUCAAGGACCACAGUGUCGAGCUGAAGGAGAGCAGCCCAGUCCUGAAGCCGUAUCUCAACAGGGUCCACAUGAUGCAGUCACCAGACAUUCCCUCUCUAAACAUGGCUGGAAACGAAGUGAUACCUUCUCGGAGCCACGUUUUGCACAUGACAUUUCCUGCGGAAUGGCGUGCCAAUGACCUCUACCAGGUGUUCAACAGCUUUGGUCAAAUAGCCAUCCAUUGGAUCAGCUCAACGCAGGCAUUUGUGGCCAUGGCUAGCAGCCCUCUUGCAACUCAGGCUCUGAAGAAACUCGGCUCGAGCAAGACCUCGACCCACGAGCCCUACCGCCUAGAGAGCUACACCACUUACAUGACAAGGUUGUCGCGUCAAGCUGCAGCAGCAACGACGACGACAGCAGCAGUGCACAGAGUGACCUCGACGCGUGACUCUGAGGCAACAACGGAAGACUCGAGCGCGGCACGCAAGCGGAAAAGAUCCGCCUCAUUUAGUUCUUCAGCACCCAGCAGCCCCCCUCGAAUGUCUAAAGACGAAAGCGGUGGGCCAAAGCCGAAGCUGGUGAAAAAGACGACGACGGCCGUGCAGAUUGCCGUCACCGAAAAAUUCUUUGAAGAAAAUGACGACUGGAGCUAGGACAACAGCAAGAGCUUCCGUCCUCCGCCCGUCACCUCACUCAUCCGCAUGCCCUCGUCAGCAUUAUAAAACACAUUCUCUCAGA